UAACCUUCCUUCCUUUCCUCUUCACGCAACAUUUCUUUCCUUUUUUUUCGCAAACCCUAGCAGCGGCGACAGAUUCUCUUCGAGCCAGCGGCGGCGGCGGCAGACUUCGGCUUGUCUUCUCCCACUUUGUCUUCUUCGAACCAACGGCGACAGACUUAUCCCUCUUCGUCUUCUUCGAACCAGCAGCGACGACAGACAUCUCCCGCUUCGCCUUCUUCAUCGACGGCGACAAACUUCUUCUGCUUCGUCUUCUUCAAAUCGGCGGCGACAACAAGCUUCUCCACCUCGGGCCCUUGGAAUCAUUGGCAGCAAGCUUCUCCAUCUCGGUUGGAGUCCAACUUCAAGAGGAUCUCACUUUGGGAUGGAAUUGACUGCUGAAGUAGCUGUUACUGCUGACACUAAUGUUCAGGUUUUAAAUAGGAAACUGGAGCUAGAUCGAGUUUAUUCUAAAUUAGGUGAAAAGAUUACCGGAAUCUUUAGAGACUACAUGACAAAGGUUACCGAGUUUGAGGAGCUAGCUGAUGUGGGGAAGAGGUUUCUUACUGGAUUUCACAGGGUAACAGCAAUGUUUAGGACGGUUGAACUUCAGAAGACUUCAAACAACAUCAGUAGGAUAAUUGAUGCUAACUGGAAUGAACAUAUGAAAACUUAUGUUGAAGCAGGGUGCAAACAACAGUCACAAAGUGUUCAAAAUAUGUAUAAUUCUCACUCUUGUGUUUUGGGAUUGCGAGACAAUUUGAAGAAUGCUGAAGCUUUGCUCAAUGAACUUGAUUGCCUAAAGGAAGAUGCAAUUGCUGUCACAGAAGCAGCAACCAAGAGUGCUACGGCUUUGGAUGACUCUUUUUGUGAAGAAAUGUUAAAAGAUAUUUCCUUUGAGGUAAACAUAAAUAGGAGGCAUCUUAAGUUUCUUUUCGCGUUUUACAUUUAUUAG